UCAAUGUGUAGCUCAGGAGUGUUCACAGAAGGCAUUGGAAAGAAGAUGAAGGCUGUCUGUAACAUCAUUAUUCAAACAAUAAGGUAGUCUAACUCGGCGAACGUGACAACUCAGAGGGCACCUCGGUCAAUUUGCCUAGAGCAGAUUAGUACGAUAACGUGUGCGCGCGACGGGGCGAACCCCUUUAGCUGAGCAAGGUGAAGGGUAUCACUUCUGGCAUCACACAAGCACAGUUUAAACAGACUGGGAAAACACCGAAAGGAAAGAAUUACAUUCGGUCACUGUUACUGUCAGUGAAGCGCUAGGAGUACCCAAAUUUGAUCGUGCUCUCGCAUAUUGGAUUCCCUGGUUCAGUGAUGGCCAGGGUGAACCAAGAACCUGUGAAUGGAUCCUGGAAAAAGCAAGUCAAUGACAUCCACGAUACAUUCGAGUUCAAGGAGACCCUUGGCACCGGGGCGUUCUCUGAAGUGGUCCUUGCCAAGGAGAAGGCUACAGGGAAGAGGUUUGCGGUGAAGUGUAUCCCCAAGAAGGCGUUGAGGGGGAAGGAGAGCAGCAUUGAAAAUGAAAUCGCCGUGCUCAGGAAGAUAAAGCAUGAGAACAUUGUUGCCUUGGAAGAUAUCUAUGAAAGUUCACAUCAAUUGUACCUCAUCAUGCAGCUAGUAUCUGGGGGUGAGCUCUUUGAUCGUAUUGUUGAGAGGGGAUUCUACACAGAGCAGGAUGCCAGCACAUUAAUCAAGCAGGUCUUAAAUGCAGUUAACUACCUCCAUGAAAUGGGCAUAGUCCACCGUGAUCUCAAGCCAGAGAACCUGUUAUACUUCAAUGAUGAAGAUGAGUCCAAGAUCAUGAUCAGUGAUUUUGGCCUGUCUAAGAUUGAGAGCGCGGAUGUCAUGUCAACUGCUUGUGGGACCCCAGGAUAUGUUGCACCUGAGGUUCUUGCCCAGAAACCCUAUGGGAAAGCAGUGGACUGCUGGUCUAUUGGAGUCAUCGCAUACAUUUUAUUGUGUGGAUAUCCUCCAUUUUAUGAUGAGAAUGACUCUAAGCUCUUUGAGCAGAUUUUAAAGGCAGAAUAUGAGUUUGAUGCACCAUACUGGGAUGAUAUAUCAGAUUCAGCUAAAGAUUUUAUCAGUAAUCUGAUGCAGAAAGAUCCAGACAAGCGAUUAACUUGUGAAGAGGCUCUGCAGCAUCCGUGGAUAGCUGGAGACACUGCACUUUCCAAGAACAUCCAUGAAUCUGUCAGUCGGCAGAUUAAGAAAAACUUUGCAAAAAGCAAAUGGAGGCAAGCCUUCAACGCCACCGCGGUGAUCCGCCACAUGCGGCGCCUGCAUCUGAGCAGCAGCCUGAGCAGCAGCGUGGACACCGCAGCACCCCAUCUGGAGGGCCACCCCUCCAUGCCGCUCAAGAGCCAGUCUGUGGACUGCGCGCCGGUCAUCCACACAGAAUCUGUGCCCGCUACACCAGCAGCCUGCAGCAUUGAGUCGACCGGCUCCCCAAGCUCAGCCGAACCCCGCCGGACAAGACCCUCAACCGUCACCACCAUUCACACCGGCAGCAAAUGACAGCAGACCCCCAGGGAGAGUAGCAGGGAGGCCGCGACAGCAUAAAAGAUGUCAGGCUCAGCCCUUUAUCUCCCCAGUCCCCUCUCUUUUUGCUGAGGCUCCCAGUUUGUGGAGGAAGGGGGAUGUCGUUUGUCUGCGGGGCCCAGAUUUGGAACGUCCUGCAGCGUGGAGGUGAGUGGUACAGUAUAGCAGUUGACCCCUUACAGAGUUGGCCUUAACUCCAGUCUGUCUGAUGGGCUCAUGGAGGGCGUAUCAGAGGUGGCUGGUCUUGCACAUUUCAGAGGCCAACCAUACAAUGGGAUUCCCAUUUGAGUGUAACUAAAGCUGCCGUGAGACUCAUUGUCAUUGUUGGAAUAGGAGGCUGGACAGUUCAAGAAGCAUUCUGCAGUUUAGACUUCAGACAUACAUCUGUAGCAGUCAUUGCAUUCACUGGUAUCAGAGUUUGUGCAUUUAAUGAUGUGUUUACGGGAUGUGCAUUUACACCAUGCUAUGUGCUGGGUCCAGAUAAUUGUGAACAAAAAUAUAAAAUAUUUGAAAGUAUACAUUUUCAUCGUUUUGCAGAAAAUGUAUAUUUUCAACAUUUUCAGUAAUGUGUUGUUGUUCAACAUAUGACAUUCAAUAUGGUGUGAAGCUACUAUGCUUUACUUGGUUUGAAUAAUGCUUUUGUAUGACCAUUUCCUCUAAACUGAGGGUGAAGUUUCACUGUGGACGGUUUUUUGUUAGAUGUUUGUAAAUCUGUAGUAUUUUCUUUUGCUCUUGUAUUGCUUUGUGAGGGUGAGGAUAUUAUCGUGCUUUAUAUUACACAUCAUAUAUUAUUUGUUCUUUGCUCUUAAAUAACUUGGCAUUAUUAUAUUUUAAUCCCAUAUGCACACUCAGGAAUUGUAGUAGCUCACAUCCACUAAAUUCGAUUGAGGUUUUUUUUUUUUUUUUUGUCGGCCACGGCAAAACUUUUAAUGAUGGAGUAUUUUUCCAAUAGACAUUAAUUUACAUAAUGACUAAGGUAUGUCACAUAAUACAGUAGUACUGUGGACUUAAGAAUAUAUCCAACACCUACUAUUAGAUAUUAAUUUGAUUUAUCAAAACGUUACAAGUUAGAUUCCAGUACAGGACGUCAGCUUCCAUUUAAGCACAGGUUUCAUAGGACUUCACCCAAGCCAAUGGUUUUGAUUCUAUAAUGGGCCAUGUAUACUUGCGCUCUUGGAGGGGACUCAUCUCUUUGGAAUCAGUGCUAUCUGUUAUGUGGUUCAGAUAAAUGUAUUUCUAAAUGGCUGGUAUUUAUUAGUGAGGGUGUAGAUCGUUUUAAAGAGUCAUUGUAACAACUGUGAUCAGGUUAUUUUGCACUAACAAUCUAUAUUGUGCUUUAAAUGUAGAGUUCAGUGGACAGCUUUCGAUGGUAGAGGGAGCUAUAUCAUUUCAUAUUAAAUCCAAUAGCCAGUGAAGUGCACACAGUUGAUUAAAAAAACCAAACUAUUUCAAACUCUUAUUAGUUAAGGCCCAUUCACACCAAGAACCACAACUAUAACAAUUACAUUUAAAAAGUAUCGUUCCAGCUAAUACAAAGGCAACAUCCGCUAUAAUGAUAAAAACAUGAGGAAUUAAAUUGUCAGGGAUCUCUUUCAUAGCGACUUUUAGAGCGAUAAAAAGCUGACAGCCAAUCAGAAAUCAUUGAAUUUUAGAUAAGAUAAGUAAAAUAAAUUCAACAAGAGGAGAGACUUCACUUAUGGUUGGUCUGUGUGGACGCUCAUAUUGUCUUAGCAACAGUUAUCAUUCUUGGUGUGAAAGGCCCUUUAGGCUUCCAUUUACAUUUUGGUUAUGCUACUGAUCAUAACUUUUUAACUUUUAAAACUCAUGGGCAUAAAAGUAGCUUCACCACUUUUUAAAGUAUGAGUAUUAAAAAGUAUUUCAACCGAAUCAUUUUGGUCAUCAACAGAAGUAAUCUAUCUCAAGUAAUUCUACAGUAUUUAUGUUUUUAUGAUUUGCCCUCUGAUAUGCCUUUUCCUUCAGUGAAUGUCAGCUAUUUUUUCACAAAUUACUUGAUCAGGAAUCCUUCAGGAUUCCAUUCCCAUUUCCCACUGUCAAUGUUCCAUACUGUUUAGACACCGGAGUGAAUCAUUUAACACAUCUAAAAACAUUAUUGCGUUGCCCAUUUUGUUGAUUUUGUUAUUAUCAUUCCAACUGUCGUAUUUGCUGCUUGUAUCUGAGUCAUCUGAGUUCUUAGCUCUACAACUGCCUCUAAUCUUUCCUCUAACCUUCCCUUAUAUCUUUGAUUAUCUGACCCCUGCCAUCUUUAUGACCAGCAAAGAAAUGCAUUUGCACAAAUCAGUAAUGUUAUUCCAGUGCUCCAUCAGUCCUAAUGUAUUGUGUGGUAAAGUAUGGGGCUCUAUUUGAAUGCUUGCCUUUGUGUUUAAACGAUUGCCCUUGUGGUAAAUCAGGUGCCAAUUAAGAUGAAUUAACUCAAUGUUCCUGUCUUUACUAACUGUUCAAGUGGUAAGUGACCUAUACUAAUCAAUUAAAACUCCCCUGUACACCCUGCAAUGUAGUAGAGUGCUAUAUCAGUGCUGUUGUAAUGUAUUGUUAUGUGGUCAUAACAAUGCUUUGGACAAUCAUGUUGACUAUGUCCCAUUACCAAAGAUUAAAUUGGUUAUAUUUUCUUCCAAAUAAAACUGACCUAUAUCAAA